CUCUUUCUUCUUCUUCUUCGUCAAUGUUUUUUUUUUUUGUGGGUCUGAGAAAUUUAUUUGUCGAUGUUAUCUAUGGUUUUGAGAAACAAGAGCCUGAAUAUCACGAGAUCAACCGUUUGUUGGAUGAGAUGCUGAGCUUGAGAAACAAGAGCCUGAAUCGUCAUCAUCGGAGAAGGCGCAAGCUGUGACUCCGUGGGUCGUUUCCGGUAAUGUCGAUCACGAGAAGGUGAUCGAAAAGUUCGGCAGCGAUAGGAUAGACGAGUCGCUGAUAGCUCGUGUCGAAAGACUCACUUCUCGCCGAGCUCACGUCUUCCUCCGCCGUGGCGUCUUCUGCACACAAAGAUACUUGCAGGAAGCUUUCAAUGUCCCCCUCGUUAUAAAGAUCACUGAUGAUGAAAAAAAGAUAUGGAAGAAGUUACCGAAGGAGGAAUGUACUUGUUUCUGUUUCCAUGGUUGUCUUCAUCCUGAUAUUAUUAAGCCGGAUAACUUUCUGAUGGGUGAAGAGGGACUUCAUUUGUCUGCAGUCCAAUGAACUGUGCCACCUUUCACUAGUUUGGAAGCUGUAGCCAAAAGCCACUGCAAAGUGCAUUACGGUGAUGGUGGUGAUGAAGAAGAUGCAAAGCUACAGCAGCAGGCCUCUCUCUAUUCAGUCCUCUGUUUUGGUGGGUCUGAGCUUGUGAGAACAAAGUAACGUCCAGGACUCUUGGGUCUCGGGAAUUCAUGCGCUACUACAAACAGAAGCCACCACCAUCUUCUCAGAAACACAAUUGUCAACUCUCUAGCCACGAGGUUUGUUUACAGGCCACUGGUUUUAAUACCAACGACGAAAGGUUUGAACAGCUGCCGCCUUCUUUCUCAUUCUCACAGGUUGGGUUGGAUUGGGAUUGGAUUGGACAAGAAUGGCGAAGAAGAAACGAGAUAGGAUUAUCAACACACAGUCUUUCAUCACCACCGAUGACGACGACGCAUCCAUCGCAUCUUCCAGAAAACGAUCAAAGGUUCCCAAAACCCAUCAGCAGCAAGAGAAGUUGCUUGAGGCUGGUAUCAGCUCGAAGAUCAUGAAGGUAGCUCUUGCCCAGCAAAAAGAGAUCGCUGAUGAAGAGAACGCCGAGAGUAACCCCAUCACCGCCGUGUUUUCCGCUGCCUCUGCCUUGACUGCAGAAGAGGAGAAGAGAGUGAUUGAAGAGGAGGAAGAUGACAUUGAUGAUUUUGACGGAGAGUUCGAUGAUGAUGAUGAUUGUUAUCAAGAGGAUGUCAAUGAGGACGACGAGAAGUUGUUCGAGUCAUUCUUCGCUAAGAACGCGCCUCCUCAGCGUACUCUAGCAAAUAUCAUUAUCAAGAAGAUCAAAGAUAAUGACGCCGAGUUAGCUCAAGAAGAGCGUCCUGAUCCUCAAAUGGACCCUAACAUAGCUAAACUAUAUAAAGGUGUUGCCAAGCUUAUGAGUGAGUACACGGUUGGGAAAAUGCCUAAAGCAUUUGUGCGCAUCACUAAAAUGGAACGUUGGCAGGAUGUGCUGUACUUGACCGAGCCAGAGAAAUGGUCACCUAACGCAAUGUAUCAAGCCACAAGAAUCUUCGCGCACCACUUGAAAAACAGCCAGAUUCAGCGGUUCUACAACUACGUUCUGCUUCCGCGUGUGAGAGAGGAUAUUAGGAAGAACAAGAGGCUGCAUUUUGCUCUGUACCAGGCUGUAAAAAAGUCGCUAUACAAGCCUAGUGCUUUCAACAAAGGGAUACUGUUCCCUCUUUGUAAGUCGGGUACAUGCAGUCUCCGAGAAGCUGUUAUUCUAGGGAGCAUUCUUGAAAAGUGCUCUUUCCCUGUGGAUCACUCAGGUAUUGCUUUGCUAAAUCUGGCUGAGAUGGAGUAUUGUGGUACAACAAGCUACUUUAUAAAAACACUUUUGGAGAAGAAAUAUUGUAUGCCUUAUCGAGUGCUUGAUGCAUUGGUUGCUCACUUUAUGAGAUUUGUGGACGAAAUAAGAGUUAUGCCUGUGAUUUGGCACCAGUCUCUUCUUACUUUUGUGCAACGGUACAAGUAUGAACUACUUAAGGAAGACAAAGAGCAUUUACAAACUCUUCUCAAUAGGCAAAAGCACCAUCUUGUUACUCCUGAGAUUGUGAGAGAGCUUCAGGGUAGCAGAAACCGUGGAGAGAAAGAUGAUCCUAUGUUGACUAAUUCUUUUUCAGUUACUACAAUCAACAACCCGAUCAAAGAAGACAGGUUUGACAUUCCUGAAGUGCCAAUGGAAGAGGACUGAUUCUUUUUCUUUUAGUGUUUUUUUUUUGGAAAGACGAAUAGUAACUCCGAAAGUUCAGUUUUGUCAUGGUUAUUUAAUUAAUUUUAAGUCAGAAUCAAUUGUGA